UGUGGAGCUGCGAGUGCGCGCAAUUACGCAAUCCCCCCGCCUGCCCGGUGCGCUAUAACCGGAUCAGCGUCUCUCCUCAGCCUCUCUGGUCCUGCAGCCGACCUGACACCGGCCAGAUCUCAGAGCAUCUCGUGACUUCAGCCACUGACAGUCACCAUGGGAAAGGAGAAACUCCACAUAAACAUUGUCGUGAUCGGCCAUGUGGACUCUGGCAAGUCCACCACCACAGGCCACCUCAUCUAUAAAUGUGGGGGCAUUGACAAGAGAACCAUCGAGAAGUUUGAAAAGGAAGCAGCAGAAAUGGGGAAAGGAUCAUUCAAGUACGCCUGGGUGUUGGACAAGUUGAAGGCAGAACGGGAGCGUGGCAUCACCAUUGACAUCUCACUGUGGAAGUUUGAAACCAGUAAAUACUACGUGACCAUCAUCGAUGCCCCGGGUCACAGGGACUUCAUCAAGAACAUGAUCACAGGGACCUCCCAGGCCGACUGUGCUGUGCUGAUUGUGGCAGCGGGUGUGGGAGAGUUUGAGGCAGGCAUCUCCAAGAAUGGACAGACCCGAGAGCAUGCCCUUCUUGCCUACACUCUGGGUGUAAAGCAACUCAUUGUGGGCAUUAACAAGAUGGACUCCACUGAACCAAACUACAGCCAGAAACGAUAUGAGGAAAUCGUCAAGGAAGUGAGCACCUACAUCAAGAAGAUUGGCUACAAUCCGGACACUGUUGCCUUUGUGCCCAUUUCAGGCUGGAAUGGAGAUAACAUGCUUGAGCCCAGCCCUAACAUGACAUGGUUCAAGGGUUGGAAGAUCAAUAGAAAGGAAGGCAAUGCAUCAGGGACUACACUGCUGGAGGCUCUGGAUGCCAUUCAGCCUCCCACUCGUCCUACAGACAAACCUCUGCGCCUGCCUCUGCAGGAUGUCUACAAAAUAGGAGGCAUUGGAACUGUACCUGUAGGCCGUGUAGAGACAGGAAUCCUAAAGCCUGGCAUGGUUGUGACCUUUGCCCCUGUCAAUGUGACUACUGAGGUCAAGUCUGUAGAGAUGCACCAUGAGGCACUGACUGAGGCCCUUCCAGGUGACAAUGUGGGCUUUAAUGUCAAGAAUGUGUCUGUGAAAGACAUUCGCCGUGGUAAUGUAGCUGGCGACAGCAAGAAUGACCCACCACAGGAAGCUGCCAACUUCACUGCUCAGGUGAUCAUCCUUAAUCACCCAGGCCAGAUCAGUGCUGGUUAUGCUCCCGUGCUGGACUGCCACACUGCUCAUAUUGCCUGCAAGUUUGCAGAGCUCAAGGAGAAGAUUGACCGGCGCUCUGGCAAGAAACUGGAAGACAACCCCAAAUCCCUGAAAUCUGGAGAUGCUGCCAUUGUGGAUAUGAUUCCUGGCAAGCCUAUGUGUGUUGAGAGCUUCUCUGAGUACCCCCCAUUGGGUCGUUUUGCUGUGCGAGACAUGCGUCAGACCGUAGCAGUCGGCGUCAUCAAGGGUGUGGAGAAAAAGGUUUCCACUACUGGUAAAAUUACCAAGUCUGCCCAGAAGGCCCAGAGGAACAAAUGAAUGUUGUGCUACGCUGCCGACCCUACGGUCUCCCAAGGCAGGACAUCAGUUAUCCACCUCCAUCCCACGAUUGGCUGUUUCAACCUAAUAAUCAAAGACUGGUUAAUCAUCACAAUGCAUCGCAAAAGCAUUCGAAGGAAAGAACAACGUUAGAUCUCCUUGAUGUGGCACUCCUGACUCCAUUUCAGUGGUUAGACUACCAUUGCAUACAAUGUAAUGUAAACCAGUAGUUUUAAAGGUGUACUGUUAAUUUGAUUCAUGACAAAACCUUUCUGUGAUACUAAGAUACUGAACAUCAAGACAUUCAGAAGUAUGGUAAUUUAUCACCUCUAUCUCUCUGGAGUGCAGUUACUGGUCUCUUUACAUGCUACAUGUUGUCUUGCUUUUAGUGUUUUGUUGCAACUACAUAGUGCUCAUUAGGAGCCUAUGGCAAUAAUUAAAACUAUGUUCUUCUUAGAAUUAGAUGAAUAGAACUUAGUGAUUGGUUGUGUGUAAGCUCUGACAAGCAUUUACAAGAACUGGUCCAAGUUACUCCUUUCAUAAGGACUAACUAGACCACUUAAUCAUUCUUGAAGCACUUUGAUUGGCAUUUUGCUACCUUUGCACUUUCACUAGAGAAGUAUAAAAUUGGCAUAAGCUACUGCACCUUAUUGUAAAAUGGCAUGAGCCUCUUUGCAACAUUAAACAUGUUACAACCAA